AUGUCAACAACCCUCUCGACACUGACCAAGGACCAACUCCACGACCGCAUCCGCGGUGUCCUUUAUGGAAAUGCGGUGGGCGAUGCGUAUGGCCUGGCAACAGAGUUCAUGACAAAGAAAAACGCCCGUCACCUCUACGGCAAUGGACCCAUCGCCUUUGGCAACGAGCCUGGGCAUCCUAUAUGGGAGGACUCCCAUCGGUCAAAGUGGGACAGGAACGAUUUCACGGACGACACGGACCAGUUACUGCUGAUCUUACAAUCACUGGAGCAGACCCGGGAUGGACGACUGCACGCCACCAAUUUUGCAAAGCGGUUGAAGGAGUGGAGUGCGAUUGGGUUCCCGGAGUUGGGGACCCCUCCUCGCGGGAUUGGGUACACUGUUGGAUCGACACUUACCCAUCCGGAUUUUCGAUUCAACCCGCACCGCGCUGCCUUUGAUAUCUGGAACUCGAGAGGGCGAUCCCUGGCUGCCAAUGGCGCUGUGAUGCGCACAUCCGUGCUCGGUGUAGAGUCUUUCUGGGAUGAACAUCGUGUCGUCGAAAACUCCCUUGCUGCCGCAAAGGUCACCCACGCCGACCCACGUUCGAUCAUCAGUGCUUUGGUUGCUUCCGUCUUGAUCUCGCGCUUGCUUCGUGGAGGAGGACAGGAUGCUGCCCAGGAUGCUAAACGAGUCUGGAACCCGAAACUGAGCAAAGAUGAGUACAAGGAGUCGUUGCUGGACUACCUCAGACGGGGCACUGAUCUCAAGGGCGAGAAAUCUGAGGAGCCAGAGUAUGAAGAGGAGACUGAGAUUAGCACUUUCAAGAACAAGGACGGCAGGGCUAUCCGACGAACGAUUUCUCAGCAACAACAGGCCAACAAAGGGUUCUGGGGAAAGAUCAAGGAGUUUGCGGUGGGUACUGGGGAGCCCGCUGUCGAGCAAAGGAACAGAGAGCGACCGCCUGUAAAGCUGAGGGAAGACAUCGGGUGGGUUGGCGUGGAUGCUGUCGGUGAGGAUGAUGCCAUGGGACGACUGACACGAUCGGUCGUCAACGACUACCUGUUCUUGGUCCUCCACACCGAUGUGGUCCCUUCCACCAUCAAGAUCGGACACAACCUGCAACAGGACCAGAAUUCCAAGACCAACCCGUCUGCACCUGCGACAAGCAUUCAAGACAAGUGGGCCCAGGAACUGCAAGACCACUGUUUUCCCAAGGAUCUGGAUCACCUCGAACUGGGCGACAAUGCCAAGAUGGGCUACACCUUCAAAUGUGUCGGGGUCGGUUUCUAUGCUGCGACUCGUAAGGUCGACCCUAGUCCAACCGACAAGGCCUACGACGGCCCAAGUGGGCUGUUCCGUGGAGUGAUGGAGCAGGUAACGUUAGAGGCAGGCGAUGCAGAUACCAAUGGCGCAGUUGUGGGUUCUUUGCUUGGUGCUCGGUUUGGGUUGGAUAAGGGGCUCCCCGAGAACUGGUGGACCGAGUUAAAGCAUCGUGAGUGGCUGGACCCGACGAUUGAGCAGUUUGCUAGUCGCGUCUUGUCUAUGUACGAGACUGCCGCCGAGAAGGAGAAGUAA